AUGGAGAAAAUAAAAAGUGGUGACCUAGUGACCAUUCCCCUCUCAUUUCACUUUCACUCACAAACCUCGAAAAUGGAAAACAGAGAUAGUGAAGAGGAAUACAAAAAUUUGAUCAGAAGGAACGAAAAUUCAAACCUGGAAUCAUUCGAGAUAUAG